CACAUUGGGAGGAGGAGGGAGUGGGGACCCUGAUGGCAUAAGGUAAAACCCCCCCCAGCCCUGGGGAGGAGGAUGAACUGUCUGAGGUGCCCUGGUAGGUCCCACUGCCCUGCAGAGCCUGGCAUCCUGCUGGGCACACCUUUUCCCCUUGUCCAAGGGCUCCCUAUGAGUCACUCCCAGGCUCAAUCCUCUUAGUCCCUGAAGCCAGCUCAGCAUCCCCAGGGCUCUGAUGCUCAGACAGCCAAGGGCCAGCCUUGACCAUGGCCCAGUCUGACCCAUUUCAGGACCCCAUGGAAAGGGCUCUUAGUCAAGAUGAGAUCAGUUUUGGUCACCUGUACACACUGAGAGUCAGUAACAUGCGCCUGAGUGCUGUGGGUAGGGUCACCUGUGUAUGAUCUGGAGGGUGAGGGGCUUCAGACUGCAGUUCGCCAGCGCUAGGGAGAAACAUCUGAUGUUGUUUGGAGUCAUCAGGUGUUAUGGGUUGCUUGCCCCUCUUCCCUCACUCUCUGUAGCCCCUGGGUGAUGGGCAGGACGCAGGUGGCACUGGUGUAUCCAUGUCCAUAUCCAUCCCCAGGACACUGAGAUGGGUGAUUUUCCCCAGGCCAUGUUAUCGUGUCUGCUGUUCCCUUCUUGGCACAUGGGCUCCAGCACCCUGGAGUUUGCCAGGCUGUCCCCACCUUUGUUCUCCAGUUUUUCUACUGGAGAGCUUACUCACUUGCAGGGUUGUUUCCCAAUCAUUCUGUGCCAACAUUUGUCUCUGCUCUCCCAAACACCUUUUAAGAUAAAACUGGAACAAAAUGCGUAUCUGAUGCUGGGAUAUGAGCAGGAGUGACCUGGUGCAGCAGAGCUGAGAGGUGCUGGAGUGGAGCAGGGCUGAGCCUUGUUACUGAACCCCACCAGCACCUUCACCCUCCCAGUCUAGCCUGUGCUGGGAAGGGUUUGGGGUUUCUCCAAAACUGCUGCUGGUCUGGGCUAAACCCUACACCUUCUGUAGGCUGCUCUGCACUGGGGAGGUGAUACUGGCUGCUGGGGUGACACGUGGCAGCCAUCUGGGAAGGCGACAGCCUCUUGCCAUGGGCUGCUUCACUGUACAGCAGAGGGGACCCCAUGGGAGCUGCUGUGGCAGAGGCUGCAUCCCCAUCCCUUCUGCCCAUUGUGUCCUGCUCUGAGGGUGCUGUGUCCUCUGGGAUCUCAACGAUCUGCUCCAGGGAUCCAGAGCCUGCUGAGCAAUUUAACUUAGCCUAGGGGAUGGAGGAAAGACCUUGGGCAUCCCUCCCCAUCCUUGUCUUUGGGGGUUCUCCCACUGUAGGUGACUCCCCACUCCCAGGGGUGCAGGGGUAGCAGUGGUGCUCCCAAAGGGGCAGGAUUUGGGGACCCUGACCCACAUUGGAGCCUACUGGUCACCCCCCAUGCUGAGGCAGCUGGGCUGUGCCUGGAUUAGCAGGCGCUAAGCUCCUUCUCAGCAACACAGUUCUGUCUCCGGGUGAGUGGCACUGCCACCAGCCAUGGGGACACCACUGUCCCUGUGAGCUGCCAGCACCGAGGAGCUUUGUGGCCCCUGAUGCCACUUCCCUUAAGUUCCCUGCGUGUCAGAGGCUUUGGUGGCUUGGGCUGGGGGUGCAGGGAUAGCUGGCCAUGGCCCUGGCAGGGGGUAUCCCUGGCACCAGGGGGGCAUGGGGGCCACGGCACUUGCUGCAGGCCCCCCCUGAGGAGGACGGGGUGUUGUACGUGGACUACAAGCCCCCCGCCCUGGACAGCAUCCGCCUGCCCCGCUAUGUCCUGUACCUGAUGAUGGCAGCAACACUGGUGCUGGUGGUGGCAUAUGCCAUCGUGGGGCACCUCAUCAAGGACCUGGUGCACGACUUUGCCGACUGGGCAUUUGGGCCCAAGCCGGAGGAGAAGGAGGGGAUGGCUGAGGGCACUGUGCUGGAGGCAGAGUGGCUGGAGAAGGACAAGGUGCUGGUGGAGCAGAAGGCAGAGGAUGAAGGCAGCGACAUCCUGCCCGGCACAGACAUCCCACUGGGGUUGCUCAUUCCACGCAGCUCCGUCUCCUUUGCUGACUCCCCCAAGAAGAGGUUCUUCUAGGGCUGGGGGACA